AUGGCCGGAUCACACAAUGAUACCAACGUGCUUCAGCGCUCGCAGGUGUUUGCUAGGCUUGCCGAAGGCAACAACCCACCGGUGAACGUUACCAUCAACAACCACAACUACGAUAAAGGAUACUACCUAGGUGACGGUAUCUAUCCUCAGUGGACCAAUAUUGUGAAGACAAUCCCCAACCCUGUCGGAGAGAAGAAGAAAAGAUUUGCCGAAGAGCAAGAGAGUGCUAGGAAGGACGUCGAGCCUGUCUUUGGUGUUUUGCAAUCUCGAUGGGGCAUCGUUCGGUAUCCUGCUAGUACUUGGAGCACGAAGAAGCUGUGGGAGAUGAUGACUGCUUGUGUGAUCAUGCACAAUAUGAUCGUAGAAUAUGAGCGCCCGGAACGUAUCUACGAUCAAGGGUUUCACUUUCAGGAGAGCGGGCUUGCUGGCCUUACCGAGGCUGACAAGCGCGGUGCCGUUGCCGUCGUGGCCGACCAGGACGUGGACAUCGAGGGCACCCUGGCCUGUCGCGCUCUGGUCAUCGUCGAUGACAUCACGGCCGCUCUCCGCGUGCUCCCUGCCUGCCUCUACCGACGGCCCUCCAAGGACAUGGCCGUUAUUGGCAUCACGGGCACAGACGGGGUCACCACCACGUCCCACCUCGUCAAAGCAAUGUACGAGGCCAUGGGUGUCAGGACCGGCAUGGUAGGCGUUCUUGGAGCCUAUGCCUUCGGCAGCAACAAGCUGGAUGCGCAACCUGCUGCAUCAGGUGAUUCGAUGGCCGUGCAGAAGCUGAUGGCAACGAUGUUGCACAAUGGCGCUGAAGCCGUUGUGUUGGAGACGACCACUGAUGAGAUGCUACCAUCAGGUGUGGACAGUGAGAUAGAUUACGAUAUCGCCGUGCUGACCAAUGUUAGGCAUGCCAAUUUAGAGGCUAGCAUGACAUACGAGGGGUACAUGAGCAGCAUGGCCUCCCUUUUCUCCAGAAUGGUGGAUCCUGAGCGCCACCGUAAGGUGGUAAACAUCGAUGAUCCGAGCGCACCAUUCUUCGCCGCCCAAGGGGGGCAUGGUGUCCCGGUGGUGACAUAUUCAUUUGAGAACAAGAAGGCUGAUGUGCACACUCUCAAGUACCAGCUUUCCCUGUUUGAGACGGAGGUUCUCGUACAGACACCGCACGGAAUCCUUGAAAUCUCCUCUGGACUGCUUGGAAGAGACAACAUCUACAAUAUCCUUGCAACUGUGGCAGUUGGUGUUGCAGUGGGUGCGCCAUUGGAGGACAUAGUGAAAGGUAUUGAAGAGGUGGAUGCAAUCCCAGGUCGGUGUGAGCUAAUUGAUGAGGAGCAAGCCUUUGGGGUGAUCAUUGAUCAUGCGAGGACACCGGAAGCUCUGUCAAGGCUUCUUGACAGUGUAAAGGAACUAGGCCCACGGCGCAUUGUCACUGUUGUUGGAUGUUGCGGUGAGAAAGAAAGAGGGAAGAGGCCGAUGAUGACAAAGAUUGCUGCUGAGAAAAGUGAUGUUGUUAUGUUGACAUCCGACAAUCCAGCAAGAUGGACCAUGGAAGAAUACUUGAAGCAUGGUGCAAAUGAUUAUUAUCCGCCCCUACCAAAUGGUCACAGACUCUUCUUACAUGAUAUUAGAAGAGUUGCAGUGCGAGCUGCUGUUGCAAUGGGCGAGCAAGGCGAUGUUGUUGUUGUCACUGGAAAAGGGAAUGAUACUUAUCAGAUGGAAGGCGAUAAGAAGGAGUUCUUUGAUGACAGGGAAGAGUGCCGAGAAGCACUGCAAUACGUUGAUCAAUUGCAUCGAUCUGGAAUAGAUACCUCUGAGUUUCCAUGGCGCAUUCUUCUUGCACAUCAAACCCUUGGAGGCCGAGUUCAUCAGACCAAUCAUCAAGAGGAAAAUGCGGGUGCCAGCAUGGAAGCGAAAGCAUCAAGUUCAUCACGUUCACUGAGCUCCGUUCAUCUACAGCUCCCAUACAUUGAGCUCCCACCCAAGCAUGGUGGCACUGUUCAGCCAUACGAGGCUGUUUAUAUUAAAAGCACCGACAGGGACAGUGGAUAUUAUGGAGUAUCUGCCACCCUGGAUGUCUAUGGAUACAAUCUCAAAGAUGGCCAAGUGAGCGGGGCAGCAAUUUCGAUAAGUAACUUCGAGGCUGAUUUUAGCAAGAACGUCAGUGCAAUUACCGUUGGAUGGGUGGUGUGGCCGUCUUACUUUAAUGACUCGCAAACUUACCUUUAUACGGCUUGGACGAAAGACAGCCGGCAGAGCACAGGGUGUGUCAACUAUGAUUGUCGUGGUAUCCAGCUUGUGAGCGGGUCUCCAAUAUUCCCCGGGGAUGUCAUAGCCCCAGUAUCCCAGGCUAAUGGGACACGGCAAACUAUCACCAUUAAGCUGUUCAGGACCAAGUUGAACGGGAACUGGUGGUUGCACGCUGGUGUAAACGACGAGGACCCGAUCCCGGUCGCCUACUUCCCGGCGUCACUAUUCGACGACUUUUUCUACAAAGCAACUCAAGUCGUGUUGGGUGGCCAUGCUCUCAAGUCUAAAACUACCACACCUCCUCCGAUGGGCAGUGGAGCCUUCGGCUCUGAUUGGGGCAAUGCGGCGAAGAUCCGAGACAUUCAUGUCAUCAUGGAGGACGGGAGGAGCAACUUUAUCGAUGAUGAUCUGUCCACCGAUGUCACUGACAUCAAGCUUUACUCUCUUUGGCCAAUUUCAGCAGGACAAUUCGCUUACGGAGGACCAGGAAGGAAGAACUAG